AGUGGACGCCCCAAAACUUGGCCUUGACAGGAGAGGCCGUGUGGGGGCUGGGCUCGUCUGAAAUCAGGUGCCUUCAGUGUGACCUCUGAGAGCUUGACUGAUCUCUUUGUGCCUGGGAGGAAAGGAGAGAGCACAUGGUGGCUUGAGCAAGCAGAAGAGGAAAGCACAUCCAGGGGCUCCUGCAAAGAAAGCUACAUUCCCAAAUUUGCAACCAGCUGCCCCAAGAGAAUGCCGGAGCUAGCCCCAGAUGCUUGGAGCUACAUCCCUGAAGAAAUCCUGGCCAAUAUAUUUUACUACUUGCCUCUUAAAGAUCGGCAUGCAGUAUUCCGCGUGUGCCGGCCCUGGGCUGCGGCAGUUUCUACCAGUUCCGUCUGGAGUUUUACAGAGGUCAGUUGCAGCACAGAGGAUGAAGAUGGUGAAGGCACUUUGGAGAGCUUGCACCAGUUUCUGAGCCACAUCAAGCACCUGAAGAUAGCCUUUGAUCAGUCUCAGGAGGAAACCCGGAGGAAUGUCACUCAGAUUUUGGACAUGCUGGCCAAGCAGAACCACAAGCUGCAGGCUCUGUGCAUUGUGUGCAAAGGAGAAAACCCUCUUUUCUAUUCCGGCCACGACAUCAUGCAGAGCAUCCGGAGAAUCUGCCAGAGCCAGAAUAAUAUCAACCUUCAGCUUAUUGAUUUCCGGCAAAUGCCUUUCACUCUGGACGAUGGGAUCAUCCAGCUGAUUGCAUCCAGCAGUCCAAAUCUGCACACCCUGUUCAUCAACAACCGCACCCUGGUUUGCAACGUCAAGCCAGAGACGACCUGUGAGGUUCUGAAGGCUUGUCCUAAAUUAUCUACCCUGGGAGUCUACUAUGCCAGCCUGUCUGAGGAUGUUUUCCGGGAACUGGUAAAGUCAAAUCGAGAGCCUUUCAAGUGCCUGGUUAUUUUCUGCGAGCGCCUGGACAAGUACAUCCCCGUCAUCCCAGAAGAGCUUUGGGCUAUGGUUAGUGAGAGAUAUCCACAGCUGCAGGUGGAGAUUGAAUUCGACCACACAGUCCCUGCGUGGAAGAUCCCUCGGAUUCUAAAGCCCAAUAUCCCUGUAACCAGUUUGCAGCUUAACACUUACACGUACAUGGUAAACCAGAUUCGAUUUGCCACCAGCAACUACAGCAAGACUCUGGAAAGGCUGGUCAUCCGCACCACACCAUCGGAAGACCUCAACUCCGCGCUAACAGAUCUGGCCAAAAAGUGUGUGCAUCUGAAAGAGGUCCACUGUUACUGUGUGGUUAGCCCAGCAGUAGUACAGGCCUUUCUUUUACACUGCAAGGGUUUGAGAAGGUACACUCUAAGGGUCUCCACAGGACACAGCAUUUGGAAACCAAUAAUAUUCUAGUGAUUUUCCAUCUGCAGUAAAGGCACAUUCACACCUGUCCUUUCGGACAGUAACAGUUUAGGCCUUUGGUAGUGUCUGGGGUGUACAUUUCAGUACUGUCUGCACCACUGAGGCUGCAAUCCUAGCCCUGCUUACCUCUGAGUAAACCCCGCGUACUUACUCCAGAGUUGGCGUGAUUAGGAUUGUGGUGCAAUUCCAUUUCCUCUCACUUUGUUGCUAGAUUUACUGCUGGAGUUGUAUUUAGUGCUGUUCCAGAACGCAGGAGUCAGGUGGGUAAAUGCAGAAUCCAAAUAGAAUUACAAAUAGAAUUACACACUUACAGGUGAAACUCGGAAAAUUAGAAUAUUGUUGAAAAGUCCAUUUAUUUCAGUAAUGCAACUUAAAAGGUAAAACCAAUAUAUGAGAUAGAUGCAUAGCAUGCAAAGCAAGAUAUGUCAAGCCUUUAUUUGUUGUAAUUGUAAUUAUUUGUCGUUAGGCGGGUCAAUUAUAAAUGAAAUGUAAUUAAUAAAAUGUAAUAGCGAUGUUUAUUUUUGUAUUAUUGUAACCAUUUGUUUUAUUACUGUGGAAUUUCCAAAAGAAAGCAUUUGUAAAAAUAAAAAUAAAAAAUAAGUUGCAUUACUGAAAUAAAUGCACUUUUCGAUGAUAUUCAAAUUUUCCGAGUUUCACCUGUACUUCUCAGCUGAUAUGGCUAAGAUUGUGCUGCAAGUGCUACUGUAUUCAGUGGGGCUUACUCCCAGGUAAGUACGGUUAGGACUGCAGCCUAAGUCCCAUUACCUAUUACAGUGGUACCUCGGUUUAAGUACACAAUUGGUUCCGGAAGUCUGUACUUAAACUGACACGAACUUUCCCAUUGAAAGUAAUGGAAAGUGGAUUAAUCCGUUCCAGACAGUCCACGGAGUACUUAAACUGAAGCGUACUUAACCCGAGGUAUGAGUGUAAUUGGUUCUGGAAGUCCAUACUUAACCUGAAGCAUACUUAACCUGAAGCAAACUUUCCCAUGGAAAGUGGAUUAAUCCAUUCCAGACGGGUCCGCGGAGUACUUAAACUGAAAGUACUCAAACUGAAGUGUACUUAAACCAAGGUAUGACUGUAGUGUGAACAAAUCACAGUCUUUGCCCUAGAAACAGGUGAACAAUGUUUACAGAGUGGCAUAUAUUUUUCAGAUUCUUGUAAAAUCAUAGCACUUUAAAUCUGUGAUAUGAUCAUAAUUCACAAUAAAUAUUUGUAUACAAAAUACAGUGUUUUUAU